UUAAUCAACAAACCUAAAGAAAGGCUUGUCUGGCUUUGUAUCUUUGUAUCAAGGGGAGUGUCCAGUGUUGUAUAUAAAGAGCAAUGUACCAACCUUGUGACAAGAAGCUGUUGUAUCACUUCGUGUGCAGAAGAUGUUGAGCACCGCUUUGUGGCUGUGUGUCGGAGUCUUUCUCUGGGGCUCUGCUUUUUGCGACAUCAAAUGUCCCGAUGGAACUUCCUGUCCUGAUUUGUCGACAUGCUGCCUGACUGCUCAUGGAUAUGGCUGCUGUCCAUAUCCAAAAGCUGUGUGCUGUACUGACAAGGCCCACUGCUGUCCCUAUGGAUAUCGCUGUGACCUUGCCACGCAGAUGUGUGUGAAGCAAUACCAGCCAUGGAUCAGGAUACCGAUGGUGAAGAAAGUGGCUGCAGAGGUUCCAAGCACACCUGAUCUGUCUCUGACCCCCUUAGAGGAGGUUGAAGACAACAACGUCCCUGACCAGACAAAGAGCUCAGUUGUGUACUGUGACAACCUUUAUUAUUGUCCUGAUGGUACGACUUGCUGUAGACAUCCGAAGGGUGCCUGGUUCUGCUGUCCAUACUCUCCUGGAAGAUGUUGCCUGGACGGCUACCACUGUUGUCCGUAUGGUUAUGACUGUGAUUUCACUUACACUCACUGCAUCAGGCAAGGCUUGGAGUAUCCGUUCAACUACAAACAAGCUCUGGCUUCAGUCCCUGCCUCUUUCCUUGCAGCAUCUGAAGAGCAAAACAACGAGCAGGAGACAAUAUUUGCAGCUCAAAGAGAAGCCAGUGAGCAGGGAGUUAUUCGCUGUGAUGAACAGUUUUACUGCCCAAAUGGUUCACGUUGCUGUAAGGGACUCAAAGCCCAGUGGAACUGCUGUCCUAACUAACUGGGUUUUUGCUGUUCUGAUGGUCAGCGUAAAUUAUGGAGCCUCCUUCUCCACCACAUGCAGAAGACAGAAGAUGAUGACCACAGGAACACACCAAAAGUACUCAAAUCACAUUAUUCAUUUUUACUUGGCCACUUUUUCUCUAAUGAUAAGUAAACAUUCCCAAUAAAAUCUCAUUGCGUCUCACUGUCUCACUUAGGUUUUGUACUGAUUAUUAUGACUGUCAUAUAUAAUCUUCCUGCCUUUAUGUUACUUCAGGGGAAUGUUUAGCAACAAGGAACAAUAAAGAAUUUGUGUGACUUUC